UUACACCCGGUGUGCGAGACAGAUCGUAAUUUUCUUCUCGUCGCUCGGCCGUCUCCGCCCAGUUUCUCGGAACGGCUCGGAUCUUGGUCAUGGCACGUUAUUUCUCCGAGGACCGUCAGUCCGUGUACAGUCAGUGCCUAUGUAGGUGUAACAGUCGGCGCUGCACCUAACCCGUCAUCCGCUACGCGUCCCGUACGUUUCAUCGCGAUUUUCACCCGUUUUCCACGACUUUCCUCCUGCCCCCAACCGUCCGGACCAUGACGCGUCCGUAAAACACGGCCGGUGCGUAAACCAGUGUCUUGUGCGCCCUUUCCGCCCAUGUAAAUUUCCCGUGUUUUUCCCUGGUGAUAUGAUAAUCGAGAACUGGUGCGUUUGGUCGUUUUCUGGAACGACCAUGGUUUCCUCGGACAGCCGUUCAGCCUUUGUGGAAUUUCUACCUUAUGUGAGCUGCGGACCACCGACAUGCUGACUCCUAUUCAAUUGGCGCACAUGAUGCGGCCCUCGUGGAAGUGGGGGCGCUACUAUCCCCCGACGGGGGCGGCGUCCGUCGAGCCCCCGUGCGCCCCCCGGCCCGUCAUCCUUCUUCAGCGGUACCUGGCGCAACUGGCGCUUGCCACGACAGGCUUCCAUCGUUUCCUAGCCAGAUUCUCAGGGAGGCGACGAUCGUCAUAUCAUCACAAGAAAACGCCGCCCUGGGCGAAUUUUUUAGUCUUAGUGUUAGCUUCAUCGUUAUUCAGUAUAGUAGAUGCCUGUUCGUCGCGGACGACACCAAAGCCACGGCCACCGCCACCGCCCACCCCUAGACCAAACAUCUCAUUCCCGACUUACCAGUGUCCUCCAGAAUUCGCUGCUUGGUACUGUUUCAACGGAGCCACAUGCUUCACGGUGAAAAUUGGACCUUCGCUGCUCUACAAUUGCGAGUGUGCCGCAGGCUUCAUGGGUCCCAGAUGUGAAUAUAAAGAUCUGGAUGGGUCAUACUCAGCGACCCAGCGAGGACUGAUGCUGGAACGUGCAAGCAUAGCGGGUGGCGCUACAGUGGCGAUUUUUUUAGUGGUUAUUUUGUGCAUAGUUGUAUACCUACAUUACAAACGUCAUACCAAAGUGUCGAGGACUUCUUCAGAUUGUGUAGAUAGUCGUACUUCUUCCGCGCACACCCCUACGUUUGGGACUAGAUGGCGGACACGUCCGCAGAUAGAACUGCCGGUGAGGGUGCAUGAUAGGGGUGACAUUAAUCCGCAAAGCAAAGUUGAACUUCAUCGGGUUACAACGUUAGUUUCACCCAUUACGUUUUCUGGACAACAGGGACCCUAGGAGUGUGUAAAAGGUGUUUGUAUAGCUAGCAAUAAACUGUGGUAUUCGAAGAGAUGGCCCCUUUCUGUUAACUUUUUCCUUGAUAUUCCUGAGCUCUGAUUGGUGGAAACUGUCUUGGACUCUAUGACACUACUGAUGAGUCAGUUAAAGCUCAGGAAUCAUCAUUACCCGGCACUAACCUCAUCCUAAGUAUUCCUGGCAUGCAACGAUGGCAGAGCCUCAUUUGUUUCAAAUUCAAAGUGAUAAAAGCUUUAAUUGUGUAACCGUUUCUCAGACUUGAAGAAGAUACGGAAGUCCAUAAUUUGUAUAAUAACUUUUGUGGCAGUGAGUAGCACUUGUUAUAUGCAGCUUAUAUGUAACUAUUAACUUAUUUUAUGUUUUAUUUUGUCACGCAGCUUUUUUCCUGCAUAUAUUUUUGUCAAUAUUUUGGCAGCAAUUUGAAUAAUAAAUGAAUAAUGCUAGAUGAAUUAAGAUUAGUGAAGUUUCUUGGCAGUUAUUCUUUUCAGUUAUAUACCAAAAACUAAACACAAAAAAUAAUCUACCCAAAGCUUCCAUAUCUAAUUUUCAGAGGAUCAAUAUUUUCACCUGUGUCUCAUUUUGAGAAAUUUAUCCAUUUCACUAGAUAUAAUAGUGAGUCAAUAACAAUUAGAAUUUAAAUAGUGAUAUAUUUAUUGUUAUAUAUUCUGUAUAACUUUGUUGUGAUCAACAAUGCAUCUAAAAUAUUGUGAGUAAAGGAGAGUUACAGAAUGAGUUCAGUAUAGGGUAGAGUAUUACUCUUCUGAAACAGGAGUAAUCGUUUUGAGAAAAUAGGCAUGGAAGUUUUUUCUGGAAGAAAGCAAUCCAGACCACUAGCUAGCUAUAUGACUUUUACACUAAAACAGUGUAAAUGUACAGCAAGUCUGAUUAUUGUAAGUCUGAACUCUUCUUGUGUUAUAUAAGUUAUUGAGAGAAAUCCUGUAAAUACCGUUAUUUGCGUUUAAGAGCUAUUUUAAUGGAUAUCUUUGUAUUAUACACAAUUUAUUUAUAAAAUUUAGGCAGAUCCACUGAUUUAGGAAAAUUGUCAUACUUUGUUGAAUUAUUUACAUUCCUGGCUGUAUAUUGGUCGAAGCCUCGCUCUAAUGUUGUUACUAUUGUUAAA